AUGAUUGCGAUUGAACCUCCAUAUACCGCCUCGUCUUCUCCUCACGAUGGUGGUUUCCCCUCCUUAUCAAACUCGCCUCGGAAAACGACUUCCCGUAAAUCCACCGGAUCACCGUUCUCCACGGAGGUUCUUUUAAACACUGGCACCUCGGACACUGUUGACACUGAAAGUAUGAACGAGAUGGGAAGUUUGCUUGACCUCAUACCCCCGUCCAUUGAAAAAGGAACAUCCCCACCAUCCCUAGACACUCUGCCAGUCAAUGGGAACGUUCUUCGAGCGGAAAAUGGGUUACAGCAAGCAACUCCCCAAGAACUUACACUUCAAACAGUAGAUUUACAAUCAAACAAUCCUUCUGCGGGUGAAGAUAACCCACAAUCUGUAAUCCAUGCUCCUCCGGGGUUUGCAGAAUUUCGGGCGGGCGACUCUCCCCAGGAAUCUACAAUGUCCUCGGCACAUGACUCUGAUGUGACCGUUCGGACCUUGCGACCAUCAGACCGUACACACAGCAGGGUUACUUCAAGCCCCGUCUCUCCACCACCGUUAACGACCAAGGUUGCACCAUGGUCCGAUCGAACUACACCACGCGCUCAAACAAGGCAAGAGGUUGAUGCCUUUGGUAGGAGAUCACGGCCGAAUAGCCUAGAGGAUAUCCCGGAAAACUUCGACCAUGAUUCCACACAGAUGUCCACUGAUGACGAAACAGAACGACCCAAUGAAUUAGUCAAAGGCUUUCAUGGCUUUAGUUAUGAAACUGAUGCACUAAAUACUGCCCUUUCCGAAUGCUGGACCCUGUGUAAUACACUCGCAAUUCUAAGCUCAACCCAUCGGGAACAUUUGUUCAAAGGUCUCAGCAAGGGAAACAUGCAAGAACAGGCCUGGAAAACGUGCUGGAAACUUUGCCAGAAUUUAUACGAAAAUCGGAACAGCAGCCACUCAUUCCAAGCCCGGCCAACUUUAGAUCUCUGCCGGGAAUUCUGCCAAGCUCUUUUCGAAAUUCGGGUAAGAGAUAAUGAUACGGCGGACUCCAUUUUGCGAGUUAGCUUCGAAUUGAAUAAUCACCUUUAUAACACCCAUGAUCACAAUCUUCCUGAAGCGUUUCGAGAACGUACUCUUGACUUUUACAUUACGCUAUGCCAUCGGCUAAUGAAACAGCGCACCCAGUUGGCAGAGGAACCAGAUUCGCUUCUAAAAGCCUGUUGGAGCCUGGCGGAAAUGUUGUUUAGCUUACGACAGAGCAGAAGAGAAGAUAAAAGUGCGGACGAAGAGCUCCUCGGGUCUGCCGUCCAAGCUUGCUGGGAUCUGUGUGAUUUGUUUCGAGAGGGUUGGACGCAAGUUCGCCCUGAUCGUAGAACCCCCAGACCAAGCCAACAGACAUUUACCCAGGCAUUUUAUGAAGCUAGAGGAGCGCAAUAUUCCAAACCCACCGAAAUCUCGCGUCCUACGCCUAACCCAGAAACUCCAACUACCAUAUUCGACGACACCGCCACCACACUCUCUCCAGACCAAGUUCAAGUACCAAAUAUUCUCGUUCUUGGGGCCGGUAACAUCCAAUCUCUACAUCCUCAGUGGGUGCCUACGUCAUCCUCCACACUCACGGGCUACUCUCGCCCAUCGUCUCGUUCCUCAACCACUUCAUCAACGCACACCGUUAAGUCGCCCGCGGAUGACCCCAAUCUCACAUGUCUGAAGCUUCUCAUUGUUCGAGCAGCUAUGAACAAUGGUUUUCAGCAUGGGGGUGCGCACACUCUUCCCUCUUUUGUUAAAGCAUUAUCUUCAGAUGCUUUUGGCUCUUUACCCUGGCAGACCUGUCUUUUAAGAAAUUAUAAAAACCUCGUGACAGUCGAUCCAGCAUUUAAUGGGUCCCCCAUCUCUGCACGGGCUACCGCCCCAGAUAUUGCGAGGGCUGUACAGGCUAUGAUCCAGCAUAGUGGGCAAUACACGUGGCUACUGGACCUGUAUCGCCUGGUUUUUGGUUUCAGGACCGAGGAAGCUAUCCAUGGGAGUUCGGUAACGAUUCAGACAUAG